UUAAUUGUAAUCAACUGUCAAAAUAAAGUCCUUUAAGUGUCGCCAGUGAUGGCCAGUCAUGAAAUAUCAGCCAAUGCCACCACUAUUAUGAUAAUUCCGGCCACAAGUGAACUAUUGGACGUGAAUGUUGUCAAUCAAUACGAUGAAGACAUGGAUAUGAUUAGCCGUCCGUCGGGAGGACUGACACCAGUAGACAAGUGUUGUCUAAAGAAACAAUGCUUCAAAAAGUUUGCACCACAAGUACAAGAGGACUGCUUUAAUAGAUUUUGGUCGAUUCGUAGCAAAAGUAAUCAAAACUACUUCUUGGCCGGACUUAUGAGUGCCGACGAACCGAAGCGAACCGUUCAGAAUCCAAUCAGACAUAACAAGACUGUCAGCUGGUCUUACUUUGUAGACGUCAGGGGAAAGAAAGUUCAGGUCUGCCAAAACUUCUUGACCGGUAUAUACGGAAUCUCCAGCUCUAAGAUACAGACCAUUCAACACAAACUUUUGAGCGGUUCAUCACUCGAUGAUCUGAGGGGACGGUUCUCCAAACGUAAGAAAGAUUUAGACGAUGACAAUGAAGAUGAAGUGUCUUUAGAGUCAAAUAAGAGAAUCAAUAAAAAGAAAGACAAUUAAAUAAUUCUUUUUUUUUACUAAUAAACGGUAAAUCAUUUUUAUAUAAUUGUUUUAAAUUUUCAUUUUAUUCACACAAUUAAUAAUCACUAAUUA